AGAACACAAUGUGUAUUUCACGCACUGUCCUUUCACCUCCGUUCUCAAACCCUCCUUCGCUCUAGCACAGUUAGGUUAAAAGGACUGGACCGCAGCGCGCCCCCGUCUCCAUAGCUUUCUCCGCAGAGAGUCAGAGCCAACUUUGCUUUAUUUAAGGAUCAAGUAUUUUACAAAUUAAUAUUAGUUUUUUGUGCCUUUUUGCUUUAAGCGCAGCCGCCUGUUGUGGAUAGUCUAAAGUCGACUGGACCGUGAACUCCCAGUGCAGGUGGAAACCAAGAAUCGCAAACAUGCCGUUGCAUCCAGUCACCUCAUUGAUGUACCGCGGUGUUUCCACCGACCCCGACUUGCCCAGCAAUGACGCCCCGCUGAAUCUGCCCGAGGAUGAACUGGAAGAACUCCACCAGGCCUUCAAAGUCUUCGACCAUACUGGGGAUGGCUUCAUUUCAAAGGAGGAACUGGGGGUGGCCAUGCGCUCCCUGGGCUACAUGCCAAAUGAGGUGGAGCUGGAAAUUAUCACCAAGAGACUGGACAUGGACGGCAAUGGCCAGGUGGACUUUGAAGAGUUCAUCGCUCUUCUUAGUCCCAAGCUGACAAUAGUAUUACCGGAAAGGUUCAACGGCACUGACUUUGACUCUGUCUUCUGGAAGAGUGACACGCAGAAGAUGUCGUUGGAGGAACUGAAGAACCUUCUGUUCAACAAUUUCAAUGAGCACCUCUCCAUGAAUGACAUCGACAACAUCAUCAUGACGGAGGAGAACCACAGUGAGAGCCCUACACCCAUUGAUGUGGAUAUAGACGAUGCUAGCCCAACGCAGGAAGGCAGGCAAACUUGCGUCCGCAAAAGCCUAGUAUGCGCCUUAACUUUUGCCUUCAUCAUCAGCGUCCUGCUCAUCGCAACCAAUCAGUUGCUGCGAAAUGAGUUUCAGCCUUAGCCGCUACUUAACCGCCAUUACCACCCCAAAUAAAAAAAAAAACAAAAAAAAAAACAACAAAAACAAAAACAAAAAACAGGUAAUGCUUCUGACAAUUACACAACUGAUCACCGUAUAAGUGCAAAAAAAAGGUAAAAGUUGAGGGUUGGUUGGUGUGAGGUCGGGUGUUUAACAUAUCGUUCUUUGUAAUAAAUAUAUUCAGUAACUUUCAGCAGUUUUCAAAAUAGUGUCCGCUUUAAAGAGCAGGGUGUCAAGUCCUGUCGGUGUCAGUGUAUUACUAUAUGAGGUUUAUUAUAAAAGACUAGAGCAAAAUGUGGCGCUUUGGCCCAGAGGCAACGUCCCUGUCAUUGGUGUACUAACCGCCCUAACCGGCAAGUUUGAAUCCCGGUUAGA